CCGAAGCCCAACUCGUCUGGCGGCAUCAUUUCGUGGUGCGUUGCGGACGCGAUCGGACCCUCAAACGCUUGUAGGAGCGUGUACUGAAGUGCGUGCAGUGUGUGUGUGUGUGUUUGUGUGUGAAAAAAGCUCUCACUUUCGUGUGUGCAACCAUCCUAAGAACUGCCUGUCGGAAAGGAAGCACCGCUCACGGGACACCAUGACGUCCGGGAGACGCAGCUGGAUGGUGCUGGCAGGGGUGCUGCUAGUGCUAGCGGUGAUUGCCGCCCCGGUUGGUAGCUAUUCGCCGUUCAAGAAGGGACCGCAGCACGGUUCGUUUACUCGCACUGGCUCACCGGCGGCAGCUAAUGGCGGAGCUGUGCGCGAGCGGGAGCGGGAGCGCGAACGGGAGCGCGAACAGGAACGGCUGGCGACACCGUACGUGGGCCCGCUGGUUGGGCUGGAGGCGGGCGGUAAGCGGGCUGCCAACGACUUCCUGGAGGACGUCGGCAAGAAUGUGUUUGACACCGUUUACCACUGGAAGGUGAUGGACUUCAUGUACCCCUCGCUGCAGCUGCGUAAUAACGCCAUCCGCACACGUGAAUUCAUCCCGGAAAACAAUCUGCCCCUCGGUGUGGAUCGGUUCCGUGACCGACUGUUCAUUACGACGCCCCGCUGGAACCCGGGUGUGCCGGCCACUCUGUCCUAUCUGCCCCUGCCGGCCCAGGACCGCAGCCAGCCGUUGAUGCCGUACCCUGACUGGAGCUACCACACGUCCCCGCGCAAUCCCGACUGCUCCAAGAUGAUGUCCGUGUACCGCAUUCAGGUGGAUGAGUGCGAUCGCCUCUGGGUGCUGGAUGCGGGCGUGACCGACACGCUGACCAACCUGCAGCAGGUCUGCCCGCCGAAGAUUAUGGCGUUCGAUCUGCAGAACGACGAGCUGCUGUUCACGUACGUCCUGCCCGAGGAGCAGGUGAAGGAGGACUCGCUGCACACCAACAUCGUGGUGGACGUACGCGACGGCCAGUGCGAGGAUGCGUUCGCGUACGUGGCGGACGUGUGGCGCAACGGCAUCACCGUGUUCGACAUGCGCAAGUUCAAGAGCUGGCGCACGACGAACCAUCUGUACAACCCGAACCCGCUGGCCAGCGACUACAACUACCAGGAUCUGAACUUCCAGUGGUCGGACGGUGUGUUCGGCAUGUCGCUCGCGCCCGUCCACCGCUCCGGCGACCGGAUGCUGCUCUUCCACCCGAUGUCCAGCUUCAUGGAGUUCCAGGUGCCGGCCUCCAUCCUGCGCAACGAAACCGUCUGGGAAGGGUUCGGGCUGGCGGCGAAGGCGUUCCAGCCGGUGGGCACGCGCGGCCGCAUGGGACAAUCGUCGACCGCGGGCGUGGGCAAGAACAACGUGCAGUUCUUCACGCUCGUGCAGCAGUCGGGCGUCGGCUGCUGGGACCUGGGCAAACCGUACAAUCGCAACAAUCUCGGCGUGGUGGAGAAGAACGCCCAGAAGCUAACGUUCCCGAACGAUCUGAAGGUGGACCGCGAGCCGCAGCAGUCGCUGUGGGUGAUGAGCAACAAGCUGCCCGUCUUCCUCUACGACAAGCUCGACUACACGCAAACGAACUUCCGCGUGCUGAUGGCGGACGCACGGAAGGCGAUCGAGAACACGGUGUGCGAUCCGCGCGUCCCACCCAGCCUGGCGUUCGAUGCCGCCCAGCUCGAGUGCGAGCUGGAGCUGUAAGGGGAGUGGAGAAGGUGCCCUCGUCCUCCCACCGCUCCCAAUUCGCACUCAUCCUCCCGCCCGACGCCAAACUUUCGCGUGACAACGCGCGUGGGUGUGAAGCCAAAAACAAACCAUUACCAACACCUUCUGUACCCUAUCCCCCCCCCCACAGAAACGAUCCUUAUUUAUCUGUUCCUUUCGGGUGGGUGGAGACGGGGGGCCAACUCCAAAACUUUAUCUCCGCCUCGAGCCCCAAUCGAACGCAACGCUCGCUCGCUCACAAUCGGGACCGCGGUUAGCCAUUGGUGAAAUACAUUCCUCUAUUUAAGGAUUAA